GCAUAUGACAUAAAAAGAUGAGCAUAUAUUUGCACUCAAACCAAGAUGAGCAUAUGAUCUUCUGCAUUACCUUUCCAUAUAACAUAAAAAGAUUUUUACAAGUGAGUUUGAUAAUAUACUGUAUGACACCAUAUUCAACAAAUUCGAUCCAUUCAGGGAAUAUGGACUUAAAAUUAUGUUUGAAAAACAGUUCGGAUAGAUUCGGGUCGGGACAAAUUAUGCCUCUAAAGUCUAGACAUUGUUUAGACGGGCUCGAAUUCCCUGGGACAGACCCAAAUGAUGCUGAGAUGAAUAGAAGACUGUCCCAAAACUUACAGGACUUGACAACCCAAACCCAACCCCAACACCACCAGAAGCAGAUCCCCUCAAACAGAGAGACCAUCAGCCUGAGCUCUGAACCCUGCGCCGCGCAGAGCUUGCCAGCUCCAUCAAAUUGGUGUCGCCACAUAAGAAAAUGCAUCUCUCGGAGGGCAUACAGAGACGUCCUUGUAAUCUAUACCCGUAUCCGGCACCCAGGAAUUAAUCUUUCGGGUGUUCUUCCGUUGCUUCUCAAAGCCUGUUCUUCCCUUGCCAUGCUCAACCAUGGCAAGGCCUUGCACGCGGAGUCUGUCAAGAUGGGGAUGGAGUCUGAUGUAAUGGUGGGUACUUCGUUGAUUGAUAUGUACGCGAAAUGCGGUCGAGUUUUUGAUUCCCGCAAGGUGUUUGACAAUAUGCCUGAGAGGAAUGUUGUUACGUGGAAUGCGAUGAUAGGAGGAUGCUUGAAGAGCGGCGACAUUAGUUUGGCUUUGUUUUUGUUCAAGCACAUGUCGACACGGUCUGCAGUUACAUGGAUUGAAAUGAUUGAAGGUUUUGCCAGGAGAGGAGACGCUGAUAUUGCAAGGAAAUUUUUUGAUCAGGUUCCAGUGGAGUUGAGGACUGUGGUGACUUGGACUGUGAUGGUUGAUGGGUAUGCUAGGAAUGGGGACAUGGAAGCUGCAAAUGAAGUUUUUGAGCAAAUGCCAGAGAGGAAUUACUUUGUUUGGUCUUCCUUGAUUUCUGGGUAUUGCAAAAAAGGGGAUGUUCAGGCUGCCAUGGCCAUUUUCAAUAGGAUUCCAGAGAGGAAUUUGGUGAACUGGAAUUCAUUGAUUACUGGGCUAGCUCAAAACGGGUGUUGUGAGGAAGCCCUGGAUGUAUUUAAAAAGAUGCAAGCCGAGGGGUUUGAACCAGAUGAAGUUACUAUAACAAGUGUUUUAUCUGCCUGUGGGCAAAUUGGGUUGCUGGAUACUGGGAAAGAGAUCCACCAAAUGAUCGUUAACAAGGGUGUUAAAAUUAACCAAUUUGUUCUUAAUGGGUUGGUUGACAUGUAUGCUAAAUGUGGUGAUCUAAGGAGUGCAAAAUUGAUUUUUGAAAGGAUGACCGAGAGGAAUGAUGCCUGUUGGAAUGCUAUGAUCUCAGGUUUAGCUAUUCAUGGGCAGUGCAAUGAAGCUCUUGAAUUUUUGCGCAGAAUGGAGGCUUCAAAUGAGAAGCCCAAUGGGAUAACAUUCCUAUCGGUUCUAUCAGCCUGUGCACACAGGGGAUUCGUUGAAAAAGGUCUUGAAAUUUUCUCAAAAAUGGAGAAAUAUGGCUUGAAAGCCAGCAUUAAGCAUUAUGGAUGCAUAAUUGACCUUCUGGGGCGGGCAGGGAGAUUGAAAGAAGCUUAUGAUUUGAUAAAGAGGAUGCCAGUGAAAGCGAACGACACAGUUUGGGGAGCUCUACUUGGAGCAUGCCGGAUUCACUCAGACACUGAUAUGGCAGAUCAGGUGGUGAAGCAAGUUGCAAGAGAUUCUGACCCGGAGUACAGCCAUGAUUCACAUUAUGUGCUAUUAUCAAAUAUUUAUGCCGCUUCAGAUAGCUGGGAGAAAGCUGAAAGGAUGAGGAUGGUCAUGUUGGAUAAAGGAUUUCAAAAGACAACCGGGCAUAGUUGGUUUACAAGUUUUUCUGCUGCUACUACAUGACAGCCCUCACCCUGCCAGCUGUUCGAAUGCAAUCCAUUCAUGGGAAAACUAGCAAAUCGACUCCUUCAGUUGUGAAGGUUGAAGACCCAUUAAGGAUAAUGCCAAGGAGAUUUUGGGGAUUGCUUCAGGCUCUGCAUCUGCCCUAUUAAUUUAUGCUACCAUCUGAUUGAUAGUAUCCUGUGUUUUCUUGCUUGGAAGUGUUCAAUAAUUCCCGGGAGCAGCAAUGCCAGUUUUCUCCUGCACAGAAGCCAGUUUUCUGAAACAUGGAGGAGCAGGAGCUGUAGCUGGUAAAUGAGGUAGUUCCCCUCUGCUCUUCAUACAACUUAAAUGAAAUUUAUUAGCAGUUUUCAGAGGCCUCGUGGAUAGAAAUUAACAGAAGGGAUAAGAAACAGUCUGUGCUAACUUGAACAACACUUGUUUACAUCCCAAGGAUGGAUGGAUGGAUGGAUGGAUGUGUUUAGGCUGUGUCAAUUAUUGCUGGACAGAAUUCAAUUAAAGCAAACAAACCCAUUGAACAUAGCACAUGCACUCUUAACAUAACUAUAAUCACCUGUACUAUUUCCUCUGUCGCUUCAAUAAGUUCUAGUGUGCACGUUAAAAACAUCGUUAUCAUCACAAGUCUUAAUCUCACAGAGUUAGGAAAGUAGGCUAAAACGAAGAGACCAAUAAAUACUUAAAAUUGUCUUCCAGAAAGCCCAGUUGAAAUCUUCUGAAUAUUUUCCUCGUGGGCUACUUGCUAGGGGUAUACCCCUUUUCGGGCUAACAUGUUUGCUAGACUUGCUCUCUGAUGCCCUGUUUGGUUCCCGGGAAAAACUGGUCCCACUUAGCUUAGAGAACACCUGGACUUCUUUCAUUUUUCACAUGGAUUGUGCCUGGGUAAAACAUAGAUUUAUGGCAUUCUGAAAGAUGAGUUGAUUGAUGAUUGGACAUUAAACCUAAUCCUCUCCCCUAAAAGUUGAAAAGAUCACUGGAAUAGAAUUUUAUCAAGCUCCCUAGUAUUUUCUACAAUUUAACCACCGUUUUUCAUAUUGGCAAACGCUUUCUAAAAUUAGUUUUAAAUUUACAAGAAGAAGAAAUGUUAAUCUUUUUUAUAUUUAUUAUAUAUCAUGUCAUGUCUAAAGGAUUUUUCAUGAAUUUCUUUCAUUUUUCUUUUUACACAUUUAUUUAUUCUUUGACAAAAUUGCAUCUAUUAAUCUCUAUUUUUUUUCACGUAUUCAUAUCACUCGAAUUUUAGUAUAAAUAAUUUUGUUCCUAAUUUUGUCUUUUCUUAUAUUAUUGCACAGAUUUUUGGACUUGAAGCAAAUAAUAAUAAUAAUAAUAAUAAGAUAAUGUUUUUGGUAAAUUACCUUUGAAAAUUAUUUCCAGAUAAUUAAUUUUAGAAGAUGUUAAUUUCAAAAGAGAUAAUAGAAAAGUAUUUUUAGCUUCCUCCAGCUCCAGGACAGAGAAGACCCUGUCAAUGGCAGAAGGGUCCAUAGGUGCUUAAAUAAAAGCCAUA